AUGCCGCGCUCCUUCCUGGUGGACUCGCUGGUGCUGCGCGAAGGCGGCGGCGAGAAGAAGGGCGGCUCGUCCCCGGGCAGCCCGCCGCCGCCGCCGCUCUUCCCCUACGCCGUGCACCCCUCGCACCCACUGCACGGCCUCUCGGCUGCCUCCGGGGGCGCCUGCCCGGCCGCGCCGGGGGCCGCGUCGGCUGCGCGCAAGGCCGGCCUGCUGUGCGUGUGCCCGCUGUGCAUGGCCGCCUCGCAGCUGCACCCGCCGCCGCCGCCCGCCCUGCCGCUCCUCAAGGCCUCCUUCCCGCCCUUCGGCUCCCAGUACUGCCCGUCGCCCCUGGCCGCCAGGCAGCCCGCCGGGGGCGCCGCGCCCGCCCAUCCGCCCGCCCUCUACCAGAGCGCUUACCCCCUGCCCGACCCCCGGCACUUCCACUGCAUCUCCGUCGACAGCACGUCGGGCCAGCUGCCCAGCAGCAAGCGGAUGCGCACGGCCUUCACCAGCACGCAGCUCCUGGAGCUGGAGCGCGAGUUUGCCGCCAACAUGUACCUGUCGCGGCUGCGGCGCAUCGAGAUCGCCACCUACCUGAACCUCUCCGAGAAGCAGGUGAAGAUCUGGUUCCAGAACCGGCGCGUCAAGCACAAGAAGGAGGGCAAGGGCGGCCCCCACCGCGCCGGCGGCUCGGCCCCGCACGGCUGCAAGUGCGCCUCCCUCUCGGCUGCGGCCAAGUGCCCCGACGACGACGAGGACGACGACUUGCCCAUGUCGCCCUCUUCGUCCGGCAAAGACGAGCGGGACCUGGCCGGCACCCCCUAG